AUGCUCCUCAAUAUUAUAGUACUUGGGAUGGGCCCGACCGAUCUUGGAGAGCCGCUCACAGACACCGGCAUGAAGGAAGCGAACUUGGACGAUGGAUGCCCAGUCCUUGCCGGUCCCCGGUUGGAGGUAUUCGAAAGAGAGGACGACGUCGAGGACGAACUGGGCGAUUUCGAGGACACGUUCUUUGGUCCGUUUGCCGGAGAGACUUUCACCAAUGGUUCUCAUCGACAAUGCACCAUGGCACAAGUCGACGGUCGCCCUCAAAUUUCUCGCCAAGCAGAGGAUCAAGCCGCUGGAGGACAGGCCACCACUGUCGCCGGACCUAAACCCCAUCAAGAAGAUCUGGGCAUGGAUCAAAAAUUGGCUUGGAAUGAUCACGAUGCGAUUAGGCCCGCCAUAGUCGCAGGAAGAGUUGAGGAGAAGGAUUCGUUUUCUGUGGCGCUUUCUCCCAAGGCGAUUCAUUCCAACUUGUACAAAGGCAUGAAGCGGAGGAUACAGGAUACCAAGAAAGCAAAGGGCAGGUCGAUCAAGGGAUGA